AUGCGGCCGCUGCUGCGCGUGGUCGAACAGCGAAUGCCGCCGCCAUCGAGCGGGCGCUCUGCGAAUACGCCACGUACCACGCGUAUGCAGCAGGCACCAAACAAGUCCUUCUACCACAACCGCCCUGGCGUGCGCAAAAGCAACGGGUACCGCAACGCCGAUGGCUCGUUCAAGUCGCCGGCCGCGCUCCAGCGUUCCCUGAAGAUCCACCGCGCCAACGGCAAGCUUGGCGGGGGAGCCCCGCGCACCGCAGCACGCAGGCUCCGCGAGCGCCAGAGCCGCGGGGGCAGGCGUUCCGGAUUCCGCGCUGCUUUCGGCGUCUUGAAGUUCGAAGCCGCGAUCGCCAAAAUCCGCCGCCUCAGCAGCAAGGCCAGAAGCGCGUCAGGCCCAUGCAAACAAUUGUUUUGCGUAAAAUGCGGAGCUGGCAACCGCGUCGCCGUGUACCUUAGCACAGGGCGCGGCUGCCACAAGUUCGUGCCUGCGUGA